AUGGUAAACGUGCGUCAUACGCAGCUGAUUGUGAUCAACGAGCUGCUCACCGAGGCAGUUGUGGAAUUCCCAGUGUACCUGGAAUACAACGAGUUCAGAGUUGCUGUGUUGAGACGCCCGGAAGAACUUGAACUCAACACUGUUUUCAUUCGUUGGCUUAAGGACGGGAAGCAUCUAGGGGAGUCUGAUUGUGGUCUUAUUGAUGUCACUAUUCGCGCAGGCAUGGGGAGUUGA